GUUUUCUACUUUCUUUGAUUAGCACACAUCAUGAAGGUCACAGUCAAGACUUUGCAACAGAAGGUUUUUGUGAUCGACACAGAGCCUACAGACACUGUGGCCGAUUUGAAGAAAAAGAUCCUGGAAAGUCAGGGACAUCCUAUCGAACACCAGAAGAUUAUCUACUCUGGCAAGGUGCUCCCUGAUAGUAAGACAAUAGAAUCAUGCGACAUCAAGGAGAAAGACUUUUUGGUGUUGAUGGUCUCAAAACCCAAGCCCACUGCGACACCGGCCGCCUCAACUAGCACCGCGACACCUGCAGCCCCCAUUACACCCGCACCUGCACCAGUCGCUGCCCCAUCUACACCUGCUCCUGCCCCGUCAACACCUGCUGCGGCCCCAGCAGCAGCUCCUCAACCCCCGAAUGCACCGAUCCUUACUCCCGCUCAAGCCGCACCAGUAGCCCCUGCCCAAGAUCGCGCGUUCGGCGAUAUGAGCACUUUCUUGACUGGACCAGAACUUCAAGCCACGAUCCAGAAUAUGAUGGAGAUGGGUUUCGAGCGAGAACAAGUCAUGAAAGCGUUGAGGGCUAGUUACAAUAACCCGGAUCGUGCUGUGGAAUAUCUGUUUAGUGGUAUCCCCGCUCAUCUCGAGGAGGAACACGCUCCCGCACCUGCACCUGCACCUGCACAGGCCCCUGCGGCCGGUGGUGCGCCGGCACCGGCACCACAAGCUGCAGCUCCUGCAGCACCACAGGCUCAACCUGGCCAACCUCAGAACCUCUUCCAACUUGCUCAGCAACAACAACAGAGUCAACCUCAGGGCCAGCGCGCUGCUGCUGCUGCGCCGGGUGGUGUUGAUCUAGCCACCCUCGAGAACGACCCCCGUGUCCAGCAACUUCGUCAAACGAUGGCUGAGAACCCCGCUAUGAUCCAACCCAUGUUGCAACAAAUGGCCACUGAGAACCCACAGCUUGCCCAACUGUUCGCUCAAAACCCGGAGGCGCUCAUGCAGCUUCUCAGUGGUGGUCAACAAGUUAUCCAAGUCACACCAGAGGAGCAAGCAGCUAUCCAACGUUUGGAAGCUCUCGGUUUCUCGAGGACUGCCGCCGCUCAGGCGUACUUCGCUUGCGAUAAGAACGAGGAGCUCGCAGCGAAUUACCUCUUUGAGUCCGGUUUCGAAGAUGACGAAGAUCAGUGAAUGUAUUUUGUGAGCGCGUGUUGCAGGACUCAGAAGUCUUAUCCGAUCUGUAUUAUUGGCCCCGCUUGUAUGACCUAUCGAGUUAUUGAGUAUAUGAGUUAACAAUUGCCUGUAUCAUAAACAGCUUCGUGUCGCUUCAGCAUAGACGUUCGAUAUCUUCGUUCUUGCUGUGGCACCCUUUGUUUGUGUUUAUUAUUCAGCACCUCCGUGAAAUUCUCCUAAUAGGGACAGCAGUACAACAGAGUCGGAGUUUAAGCGCUUAAGCAUUGCUGAAUGUCUACCGUACAUUGAAGGUAAGUAUGCAUGCUGGGGAGCAUGUGGAGAUUGCCAAUGACAGGCAGCGUGGGAGGUCCAGGAGGUAAUCCUGGUUGUCUGGAGCCAAGUUUCCUGACGCAGUAUAAGAAUCAAACAAGAAAUACGAAUAACGAAG